AUGGAUCGAUCUGAUAAGAAUGAUAAUUUCGCAAUAGAAUAUCAACAAAAUUCAUUAUUAGAAAUGAUGAAACACCAUAUUAGUAGCGGAUUACCAUUUCAUUACGAAACAAAUCAUGUUGAUCAAAUAAUUCAACAUCAUAGUGAUGAAGAUACAUCAUCAAAUUUAGAACAUGAUGAAAAUGAACAAAUGCAUAUGCCAAUUAUGUAUAAGAAACGUGUAAGAGUUAAAUUUAGUCAUGACCAGUUAGAUGCACUUGAAACAACAUUUCAACAACAUCGAUAUCCAACUAUUGAUAUGAUUGAUGACCUUGUUGAACAACUUAAUUUACCUACGCAAAAAAUAACAGUUUGGUUUCAAAAUCGUCGUGCGCGUUUAAAAAAAAGUCAACAAAAAAACGAUAAUCAUCAAUCAUUUGAAAGAGAUGAACAACAAUAUGAUAGUGGCAUCCAUCUGGAUGAAGAUGUAUCACGUUCAUCAUCAACAAGUCCACCAUCAAAUGUAGUACCCUAUGUACCACCCACUGGCUAUAUUCCUUCACCAUCUCCUUAUUAUUUACCUAAUCCUCAUCAAACAUAUUAUAAUUCGUUUUGGCAAAAUUAUGGUUAUCAAUUUCAACCAACUCCAAAUUCAUCUUAUGAUUAUGGUAAUUAUAAUUCUCCAUUUGUUUUUCAAGAUAUUGGUAAUUAUCAACCUUGA